AUUACAUACCCAGUUUGGUGCCUGUGCCCGCCAAUGUCGUAUCGCGGAAAACCCACCAAGGCAUGCCAAAAAUGCCGUUUACGCAGAGUCAAGUGCGAUCUGGCGUCACCAGUAUGCCAGCAAUGCGAAAAGAUUGGCCAUGAAUGCCAAUAUCGCGACUUGUUCGACAUAUUCCACAAAGAUGAGACGUCUCUUGCUAGAGAUCAUGCACGGGAGAAAUGGCGAAAACGGUCGACGAAGAGUGCAAAUCGCUCAUCUAGCGGAGACGAUGCUCAAUCCAAUUCCGACUCAACCAAACCUUCCCCCUCCAGUCCUCCUCUAGUGGAUGCACUGCAGCUUCCUCUAGACGAUCGCGCCAGGUCCCGCUUCUAUUUCGACUUUGUCGACGUCCGCUUUCCUUACCUGGAAAUACUAGUACCUCGACUUUUGGGGGCGACAGCGGCGGAUUCCCUCUUGCGAUGUACUCUCUCGGCCGUCUGCUAUGCAAAUUUUGCUGGCCGUUUCAAUGACCGCCAGGCAGCACGAGCCGGAGCAACGCAAUACGGCAAAGCCAUGCGCCAAUUAGCAGGAACCAUAGGUGAUCCAGCAAAGCUGAAGUCGUUUGACGUCUGUCUUUCCGUGUAUCUUCUAUCCAUGUAUGAAGUUCUCGCCGGAGACAAGCUGGACGGUACAUGGCAAGCUCAUCUUAAGGGCUGCGGAGACGUUCUCCAGAUUUAUAAUCCCAGUUCAAUCAACACCGCAGCCGAGAGAAGGUUUUACAGAAGCAUGUACACUCAGCAGCUUUUGAGGCACAUGGGACAGUAUAGUGCCCCGCCUGCGGACUUGAAUCGCUCGCAGGACCUUUUACCGCCGAUUGACAGUACAAUACAAACCCUGUUAGAUCUAGUUCUCCGAAUCAAUAUAGUAUGCGUCAACCUACAGCCAAAUCAUCAACCCAAGGGAGUCGAUAUCACCGGAGCCGAUCACUGCCUGGAAGACGCAGUGGAGCUUGGUUUUCAGCUCCAAUCAUGGUAUCAGUCUCUCACGGAGGAUUGGUGGUGCUCAGCCAAACCAAUAGCGACGACCAACAGAUACCAGUGGAUAUCUGACCUACUCAGCUUCCCGGGCGCGCCAAAAAUAAUGCACCAAUACUCGUCGCCGCACGCAAAAUUCUGCAGCAACCUCUAUCACGUGGGCCGAAUCCACCUCAACCUUAGUAUGAUCGACCAUCUCAUCUCAGUCUACCCACCACAGCAGCUGGAUACCGCAAUCAUAAAAGAUCUAUCCUCCAAAAUAUUGUCCCACAUCGACGUCAUCAUGAAAAACGUCCCGUCAACUCUCGGUAUAUCGCCCUCUGGAGGUUCUGAGGAUCCGAGAACGGUGAAUGACGUACAAGGCAUGAAAGCAUAUCAUGUUAUGUGGCCGCUAGUCAAAACUUCGAGAUGCUUCAAACGAAAAUCGAUCAAAGCCGCAGACAAAGACGGCCGGGGCCGCUGGAUCAAGCAUGUGUUGGAAUUUUUGGGGCGGGAGUUGAGUAUCAAGAAGGCGGCUGCGCACGCGACCUAUUUUUGAGGUUAGCGACGGUGACAGUGGUCCCUGGAAGACAAGAAAGCCUACAAACCAAGCGUAUUGAAUGGUAAUAGGGGCUUAUUUGCAAAGGAACACACG